AUGUAUUGCUUCGACGCCCCACAGCAAAACCCUAACACCAACCAUGGUUUUGUAGGAAAUGCUUUGAAGGCCAAAAUCAAUGAUAUUGAUCAUAUUAAUUGUGAAGCUGGUGACGAAGAUUCUUUCUUUGUGUGCGAUCUUGGUUUGGUCAAGAGAGCACAUCAAAUUUGGACUGAGAUGCUUCCAAUGGUUCAACCUCAUUACGCAGUUAAGUGCAACACUGAUUCUAGAAUCAUUAGUACUUUGGCUAAUCUUGGGUGUAACUUUGAUUGUGCUUCCAAGGCAGAAAUUGAAUCUGUUUUACUGCAAGGUAUUAGUGCCAACAGAAUUGUUUAUGCCAAUCCUUGUAAAACCAAUUCGUUCAUUAGAUUUGCCAAAACUGUUGAUGUUAACUUAACCACAGUUGAUAACUGUAAUGAGUUGCACAAGAUGAAACAAUUCCAUCCUGAGUGUGGGAUCUUGAUCAGACUUGCUACCGAUGAUGAAUCAGCUCAAUGCAGAUUAUCUACCAAGUUUGGAUGCACUGUUGAAAGUGCCGUUGAUGAAUUGUUACCCUUGGCCCAAGAAUUAGGCUUGCCAAUUGUUGGAGUGGCUUUUCACGUUGGCUCCGGAGCUAAGGAUUUCGGGUCCAUCUACAAAGCUGUUCAAGAUGCCAGAAUGGUUUUCGAUAUUGGCCAUCAACUUGGAUUCAAGAUGAACAUUCUUGAUAUUGGAGGAGGGUUUGAGGUUGAAACCUUUGAAGAGUCUUCUGCCAUGGUCAGAAUGAGUUUGGAAAAGUUCUUUCCAAACGAGAAUGAACAAGUUAAGUUUAUUGCCGAACCAGGUAGAUUCAUGGUAUCCAAUGCCUUUACAUUGGCCACUCAUGUUAUUGCCAAACGUGAUUUACCAAGACACUUUGUCACCGAUGAUAUUGAGAACGGAGUUAAGGCCAUGAUCUACAUCAACGAUGGAGUUUACGGUAAUUUGAACUGUAUUUUAUUUGAUCACCAACAUCCAAUUGCUCAUGUGUUGACACACAGGGACAACUUCUACUAUAAUGGAAACGAUGCUCAUGGAAAGGGCAAGCAUGGUUUCUCGAUUUGGGGUCCAACCUGUGAUGGGUUGGAUUGUGUGUCUGUUAGAAGUGAGUUGGGUUUUGAUGUCGAUGUUGGUGAUUGGUUGUAUUUCCCCAACUUGGGGGCUUAUACAUCUGCAGCUACUACUUCUUUCAAUGGGUUUAAAGCAGUAGCUGAUGUUAUUUAUGUUGAUAGUACUUUAUAG